AUGUACUUCAUCUUCUUCUUGGACUAUAUGGAAUGUGCUGUCUUGGCUGUUAUGCUUAUGGUUGCUAUCUGGCCAUAUGCUACCCUUUACGCUACAGUGUCCUCAUGUGCAACACCUUGCACACACAGCUGUCCAUUGGCUCCUGCAUAUUCAGUUUCCUCAAUCUUGGCUCUUCAGUGGUAACAAUCACCUACAUCUAUAUUACUUCCACUAUCCUGGGGAUCCCAUGAGCCUAAGGUCAGUGAAGAGCUUUUUGUACAUGCCUAGCUCAUUGUACAGUUGUAAUUUGGUGGUACGACUCUACCAUCUUCCUGUACAUCAG